CAGUAGGGGGCGGUAUGUACCUUUCGUAUGAGAGCGGAACCUCUGCAGCGGGCCUCAGGCUUCCGAUCGGCUCUAUUUACCGAGCACACCGUCCACUUCAGAGCGCUGACGCCGACCUCAUACAACAAGCUACUAUAUACUAUUGCAUCCUCCUCAACUACCUUCUAGAUAACGACAUUGCUUGAGAUUACCCAGCUCCUGGUUGGUUCAGAAAGCUGACCCAUGGAGCCUGCCUGCCGGAAAGACAAGCCGAAGCUGAACUCCACCCCGACCAGAGGAGACCGCGCCAAGCAGAGGUCCGCCCAGCAGGAGGUGAAGCAGAGGCAAAGGGCCGAGAUCUACGCUCUGAACAAGGUGAUGACGGAGCUGGAGCAGCAGCAGUUUGAGGCCUUCUGCAAACAGAUGCAGGGCCAGGGGGAAUGAGGGGCGAGGGCUCUGCUGGGGCCAGCAGAGGGCCGGUGAAGGCCUACAUGCCAUCCUCAAGCUGUUCUACACAGAACCCCACAUUAAAUCAGUGUGACAUGUGUCCUCCUCCUUCCUAUGGUAGUAUGACAUGUGGUCCAAUAGUUAAUAAGAGGUUCAAUCAGACAAUCACUAAUAAAGCACUUAUAGCAGCGGGCUGGCCAGUCCAAACAUGGACGUUUACUAUAGUACAGGAAAUGUCAGUUGCAGGCCCAGUUGUAAAAGUUGUCUUAAAUUGGUAAAUCAUACUUUCUUGUUCAAGUCACUAAUAUUUAGUUUAUGUUCAUUUUAAUAAUUGAAAGGUUUGCCAAAAUACAUGUUUUUUUCUUGACUUCUGUAACAUAUAUUUAAAUUCAGGAAAUGUGUUAAACGGUGGUUUGUUCCUGAAUCAAGGGCUAUGUUAGCUUUUGGAAAGAAGAGAGAUUUGGUUGUCAGCAGGUGAAUGAUGUUCUUUCAUUGAUCAUAGGAGCUCAAUGACAAUCAAUGUGUUGUUUUUUGUUUUGAACUUGUUAUGGCGGUGUUAAUGGUGCUCACCUGAAUAUAUUCGAAAAUACACAAGGUAUAGCAAGAUUCGUUGUACGUAUUUUCCAGCAGCAUAUAAGUAAAAUAACAUUUUACGGAUGCAGUACU